AUGGCUCGGAGUGGGUUUCAGGCGGUAUCGCACCGUAUAUGUGCGGAGAAAAGCCUCAAGCAUGCUGGGACGGCAGAGGUUCAGCUCAGCAUUCUGGACUUUCCGAACUCAAACAACGCGAACAGUAACAACGUAAAGCGAUUAAUCAGGCUGUUUAAAAACCAACGUGGUUAUAGCCCAGCGGAACGACAACAUCGCAUACCAGCAGUCAUUGACGCGGCAGAUUUACACAGAGCACUGGAUGCCUCCGGGUUCAGUCGCGAAUCACUUCUGUCAUGUGGCAGUAGGCCUCCCAGACUACAUUUCCCGUCUGGAUUUCGUAUACAAUGUUUGCGUGGGCGUGACAGGGUCGAAGCUUCCGGGGAAGUGUCUCGGUCGGCAGAUCCGCAUUGGGUCGUCGACCUCUACAUCUCAGAUAUCAGCGACGAAGCGAAGAAAGAUUUGAUGGAAGAAUACUCGAACGAGAAGAGGCCAGGCGAUGGCGUAUUUUUGCUUAAGAUACGGGAAUACCAGGACUCGGCCCACAGAAAGAACCAGCUCAACAGGCUUUUUGAACAUGAUGAGUUUGCACCGGCAUUUGACGCCUUCCGCCAUUUGCCAGCCCUAUACUGUGGGUUGCGGCUAAGCGUCAUCAAUAAAAUGAUCGCCAUGAGAUGUCACGAUGCUCAUAUUCUUGCCCAAUCUGCUCGUGUCCGCGCAUCACUCUUCAACUUCCAGCUCCCGCUCGACUUUGCGGCUGCGUGGUUCCACGAGCGCCUCUUUGAGCAGAAACCCGAGUCACUCCCUGUUCCCGUGGCACCCACGCGCGAGUUUUGCGUCGCGCUCUUCACAGCCAAAGUCGAAGCGACAAUCCGCAACUUGGGUGACAUGAUUGGCUGGGAGUCCGACGAGGUUACCGUCGGCCCCGUGGCGCUGGCAGCGAAGAAGUCACUCCUGCGCUUCAUUCCACAUAUGAUGCCUGCAGACGACAGCGAGGGCUCGCUCUAUCGUCUUGUUCUAGACCAUGGCGAUUUUGGCAUCCACAACAUGUCGAUUACGACAGACGCAGACGGUCAGCCUCUCGUGACGUCUCUGUACGACUGGGAGACGGGGUGCAUCGUGCCGGCCCUCUUGUCUGAUCCGCUGAUGGCAGUGGAGAUUGACCUUGUGGCUGAUGAGAAUGCCGGGCCGUCGCUGACGCGGGUGCCCAGCUACACAAAGCCCAUCACCCAUGUGCAAUACAUGGAAUACUCAAAACAUUAUUUCGGGGCGAUCUACAGUCACGCGCCCGACUACAAAUGUGCAAUCCAGGCGGGGAAAGACGCACGUCACCUCUGGUUUGCGUUGCGGGACUGGCGCGGGGCAGAUCCGGAGAGCUACUUCGGUGAUUUGGGCAGCUGGGCUGAAUUGAGGAUGAAGGAGCUUGGCGUAGCAUAUAUCCGACUACUCUCCGCGGAAACUACAGUCGUAGGUUAUCUGGAAAUGUGUUUGACAGAGCUUGGAAACUGUAUAUUCAUGUCUAUGUAA